AUGACUUCACCCUUCAGCUUCGGCGCGCCCGCGUCUUCAAGUGGUGCUACCGGGCAAUCAUUGUUUGGAACAGCAAACAAACCAGCAACCUCCGGCGGUUCCUUGUUUGGCAAUACAGGCACAACUGCUCCGGCCACUGGCAGCACGACUGGGUUUAGUUUUGGCGCUCCCUCACAGUCCUCGUCAGCAGCAAACAAGCCUGCGUCUCCGGGGCUGUUUGGCAAUGCAGGCGCUACAGGCGCUGCAAGCGGUGGUGGAUUCUCAUUUGGCCAGAAUAAACCAGCAGAGAACAAACCUAAUGAGGCACCGAAGUCGCUUUUUGCGGGAUUUGGCACUCCAGAUAAGUCAGCUGCACCAACAACAUCUGCACCGUCUCUUUUUGGCUCAACAACACCUGCUCCAGCCUCUGGUGGUGGUCUUUUCAGUUUUGGCAAUCCUUCCACCACGCCUGCUGGGCCUCCACCAUCCACAAACACCUUUGGAGCCAGCACUGGCGGGGCUGGACUCUUUGCUCCCAAACCUGCACAAGAGUCAAGUCAAAGUUCUGGGUUCAGCUUCGGAAAACCUGCUGCUGCAGCUGCUCCUUCGCCAGCUCCUACCCAGCCCGCUGGUGGAAUUCUAGGAUCUAAGCCUGCUGCGAGUCCCUUCAGCUUCGGAGCCCCCUCCAAACCUGCAGACACUCCCGCGCCUUCACUCGCUGGGGGUGCUGCAUCACAAGCUAAGCCCGGGUUCUCUUUCGGAGCGCCUGCGUCGUCGGCCUCGACAUCAGCUGCACCUGCACAAGCCCCUACUCAACCCACGUCUUCGACUCCGUUGUUUGGAGGCGCACAACCCGCCACACAAACCACAUCAAGCUUGUUCUCCAAACCCGCAGUGCCGGAAAGUGGCGGAGCAAACAAAGCAUCUCCAUUCGCGCCAGCCUCUACACCCGCUUCAGGACCAACACCACCAGCGGGUACGGGUACUGCUCAGAAGCCUCUUUUUGGAGGUCUCAACCUAGGUGGCGCAGGUACUUCUGCUGCUACGUCCACUGCCAACACUCCGGCUGCGGCCACAACUACUUCGACAGCGGCUCCAUUCUCGUUCCCUUCUGCAACAGCUGUCUCGACGUCACAACCGCCAGCAGCAAGCCAAUCUGCUGCAACUGGCGGUUUCAGUUUUGGUCCCAAAACAACCACCUCAGCUUCGCAAUCAGGAACAUCAACGACUACUGCGACACCGCUGUUUGGCCUUGGGGCUGCCACAGCCACCUCUUCUUCAACGUCACAACCUGGUCCUACUGCUGGAACAACAUCCACAGGGCUCUCAGGAGCUGGUCUCACAGGAUCUGCAGCAGUAGGUGCUCAGACUUCGACUACGGGACCUGCACCUCCUGCACAAUCGCGUCUCCGCAACAAAACCAUGGAUGAGAUUCUGACACGGUGGGCAACGGACAUGUCACGGUAUUCCAAAGAGUUCAAAGACGAUGCCGAGACCAUUGCACGGUGGGAUCAGAUCAUUGUGGACAAUUCAUCCAAGAUUGACAAGCUGUAUGUGCGAACGCGGACAUGUGAGCGACAGACCAUGAGUGUCGACAUGCAACUUUCUGCGAUUGAGAACCAGCAAGCCGAGUUGGAAAGCUGGCUAACGAAAUAUGAAAACGAUGUUGAUGAGAUUUUGGCCAAGGAUGGUGGAAAUGCUAAUGAAUUGGGAGGACCUGAUCAAGAACGAGAACGAACAUACAAGCUGGCGGAGAAGCUUGGAGAGCGACUUGAGGAAAUGGAACGUGAUCUGGGAAGUAUGGUGGAGGAAGUGAAUGCAGCCAAUACCAGCUUGAGCAAGAAUGGCAAGGCCGAUGAACCGGUAGGAAAAACACAUCUCAACACUGUGACCGACCUACUAACCAUGGGCAGAUUACACAAAUUGUGA